AGAAUCUGCAGGUUAAUUCAUGAACAAAUUAACUCCUUAUUAGGAACUGUCUUCCUACUGAUUAAUGAAGGAGUAUUACUGGGCUCUCAUUCCUCCCUGUCGUUAUCUUCUCCAGGUAUCGUGUCGCUGAUUUCCCUGGUCAUCCUCUCUUACGACCGCUACAGUACUCUCACUGUAUACAACAAGCGUGGACCGAGCUAUCGCAAACCGCUGCUGGCUGUCAGCGGUUCUUGGCUGUACUCCUUGCUCUGGACAGUGCCCCCCCUGGUGGGCUGGAGCAGCUAUGGCAUUGAAGGGGCAGGAACGAGCUGCUCCGUGUCCUGGACUGUCAGAACGGCGGAGUCGCAUGCCUACAUCAUCUGUCUCUUCAUUUUCUGCCUGGGUUUACCGAUUCUGGUGAUGAUCUACUGCUACGGAAGGCUGCUGUGGGCGGUCAAACAGGUAAAGAGAGAGAAUUAUUGUGAAAAUGGUGUCGGGUCAAAGACUUACGUAAAAGAAAACGGUGGUCACCUGAGGGUCAAGAACAACGGAGGAGCCUGGAUCAGAGAGCUCUCACACUCAUGCUGUAGUGGCAUGUUUACGAUUGUUACGACCCACGAAAUAAACCACUCCCACUCUCAUCGACAGGUGGGCAGGGUCCGAAAGACGUCAGCGCGAAAGAGGGAAUACCACAUCCUGUUCAUGGUGUUGACCACAGCCGCCUGCUACCUGCUCUGCUGGACACCUUACGGCGUCGUAGCCAUGAUGGCAACCUUCGGCCCCCCCGACAUCAUCAGUCCUGUUGCCAGCGUGGUGCCGUCACUGCUGGCCAAGAGCAGUACAGUCAUCAACCCCAUCAUUUAUAUUCUGAUGAAUAAACAGAUAUAG